AUGCCUGAGAUGCUCGGGCCCUUGGGGCCCUUGGGGCCUUCGGCUGGUUCCUGGCGAGGAGGCCCACCACCUCCAGCUGGGGCAGCAUACACAGCUGCUAUCAGCGCGCUGGGACGCAGGUCAUGUUGGGAUGAGGCUCUCGACAUGCUCGGCAGUAUGCCUCGAAAUACUUUGCAGCCAAGCUCCAUUUCACGAAAUGCUGCAGCAGAUGCGUGCGCAAGGUCACACAGGUGGAGGCAUGGUCUCAGUCUAUUGAAGGGAUACGAAGAUGCCUGUUUGCAGCACGACAUCUUUGCCUGGACUGCGACCAUCAGUGGGAUUGGCAGGUGCAGGAUGUGGAACGAGGCCACACGGCUGCUUGUGGAAGCGACUGCUUGUGGACUCAAGCCAACAGCGGUGAGCCUAGCUGCUGUUGCUGCAGCAUUGGACAGAGGCUCCCAAGCGGAGGCGGCUCGGUCUGGGGCAGGAUCUUGUUGGGCAAGGGCCCUUCAACUACUGCACUCGCAUGAUUCACCACACUCAAGUGUGGAAGGUGUCAAUGCUGGCAUCAGUGCAUCCGGCCGCAUGAACUUCUGGUGCACCUCGCUUGAUAUUGCAAGAGCGCUCAUCGCACAACGGUUGAGGCCCAGUGCGGUGUCUUUCAACGCAGCGGUCCAUGCCACUGCAGGGAUGAGCAACUGGAUGCGAGCCGUGGAGCUGAUAAGCGGCAUUUCGGAAGCUACGCUGCAACCUAACGCAGUAAGUCUGGUGACCUUGUUGAGCAGUCUGGCCACGGGGGCGCUUUGGCGCAGGGCUUUGACAACUCUUGAAGCUUUCACGACCCGUGGCCUCGCAUCGAAUGAAGCGCACAACACACUGCUCCUUGGAGUCAGUCGAGGAUCCAAUUGGGCCCUGGCAUUUUCGCAUUGGAAUACAUUUUGCAUUGAUGUGGUCGGCACAAGCGCCACGAUGUCUGGGUUUGCCACGAGCGGCUUCUGGGAAGCGGCUCUGAAAUUAAUAUGUGCAGCAAACGAAAGGCGACUGCAGGUCGACGAUUUCGUGCUGAGUUCUGCAAAUUGCGCCCUGUCCUCCUCCGCACGUUGGGAAUGGGCGUUACGCCUUCUGCUUGCUGGCUCUUCCCUGGGCUUUCGGGACAUGAAGCUAGAGUUGGAGGCAACUGCUUGCGGUGCAUCAGCCAUGGCACUGCAACGAAGCAGCAGCUGGGAAGAGGCUCUCGGCCUCUUGAAUCAGCUGCAGCACAGUGGCUGCCAGGGGCUAACAGUGGUCACUUGCACAACAGCUGCAGAUGCGUGCAGUAGCAGAGAGAAAUGGAUGGAGGCGCUGCACAUAUUGAAGGUUCUGAGCUGCUCAAGAACGCAGACUGACGUAGUUGCGCUUGGACCAGCACUUGAAGCAUCUGGGGCUGGCGGUCGGUGGCAGCAUGCGUUACAGUUGCUGCAGAAGGCCCGCCUUGCAAGUAUCUUGAUCAGCAAGAUUGCCUGCACCAUGGCUGUUACUGCCGUCGGACAGGCUUCCAAGCAUUGGAAUUGGGCGCUGCUGCUUUUGCAAGAUCCUCUAGGCCAGGCCGUGCAGCCGGAUACAGUGGCACGGAACGCGGUGGUCUCGUCACUAAGCUCUGGCAAUUGCUGGGCGAAGGCCACCCAACUUCUCGAUGAAGUUGCCCAAGGUGCACAGGCACCAGACUUGCCUAUGGCAGAUGAGCACUGGAACCAGGCCCCAGCAUCGGUCAUUGCGCGACAUUGUGCCGUUGCACCGUUGCAGGCACUUGGUGUUCUGGACGGUCUGACAAGUGGCAGACUGCUGCCAGAUGUUGUAAGCUGCGGCCUGCAGCGUGGUUGCGAGAAGCUGUAA